GAUGUGUAUGAUUCGGGUUCGGGUGUUAAUUACGACAAUGAAUAUUACCGCUCAUCAUCUCAUCGUCGUGGCAGCCAGCAAAGUGGAGGUCCCCUCAUUGAGUUCCCACCAACACUGCCACGCGACCGCGAUGCGCCGAUGCCACCACCACACCGUACCAGAGCACCAUCAGAUGACUUCUACAGGCCUAUCUCCAAAAGCAGAAGCUAUGCUGAUUGGGAUGAAGGACGUGGCUUUUCACAGUCCAUCAGGCGACGCGAUGAAGAUAUGGCUCGACUGGAAAACGAAUUUCGUGAUUCGUUGUUGAUGCCGCUACCAAACAUGCCGAACAGUGGUGGUAAUAUGUACGAACGUGAUCAUCGCCAUGAACAAAUUCCCGGUGGCUACGAGACUUACGAUCGUGAGGUGAAGAGCAGUAGCGGACGCCGCCUGAACAAGGACGGAAAUCCAACUCAUUUUAAGUGCGUUUAA